CUCUCUGAACCUGUGAAAUGGCAGUGAUGGGAAUUACCUGCCAAGGAGCUCCUGGUCCAGCUGUCAAGCAGAAGAAGGAGCUCACAGCUACGAAGGGGCUAAACGAGACAGCUAGUGAAAAGCAGAGCAGUGUUUGCAAAGUAGAAGAUUCAAAGAAGGUCAUCUUUCACAGUCAGUGGAAAAUCCUGAAUGAUGUAAUCACCAAAGGAACAGCAAAAGAAGAAACAGAAGGAGGCUGUGCAUCAAUUUCUAUUAUUGCCCAAGCAGAAUGUGAAAACAGUCAGGAAUUCAGCCCCACUUUAUCAGAGAGAUCCUUUAUUGUCCAUAGUAAGCGUUACAGCCGGUCAGACAGUCUCGAUCAAAUCCCUAACAAUGUGGCCCAUGCAACGGAGGGGAAGAUGGCAUCUACCUGCUGGAGGGGGAGGCAUCGUGGUAAGACAAAGAAGAAACGUCACAAGAAAAGAUCCAAGCUGAAAAUACAAACAGUGGCUGCUGGCAGACGAGGUCCCAGAACUCCAGAACAAGAGAGCUGCACCCCAAUUCCUGUCCAGGAGGAUGAAUCACACCAAAAUACUCUGUACAGAAACAAUUUCUGGGUUUCAGAACUUAACAAGGACUUGGUCUAUGAUCCACUGCCAUUUGAGAAACCUGAGAAAGUUCUGUCCACAGGCAAACUCCAUUCACCGAGGAGUCAGUACAAAACAGAACUGCACAAGUUGAUAAGCCCUAUUCAGUGCCUUAAUCAUGUUUGGAAACGGCAUUAUCAGAGGGACAGUGUUCCACAACCUGAAACUCUCCAUCCUUAUCAUUUCCCACAUCUGGACAGUCCCCUCCAUGCCAUGAAACGUAAUGCUCUGGAGACGUACUUCCAGGGUGAUCUCAGCUAUCAAGACAGUGAGCAUCGCUUAUCUGGCCUCCACUUAGAGUAUGAUUUCCCCAAACAUGGUAACCAGUCCAUGAAAACCAGUUCAGACAAGAUUUCUGUGGAAGAAUACUUGGUGGACGCCUUGAAGGGGAGCGUGAGUCUCGGUGAGCCGCAGAAUUUAGCCAGCCUAGCCAAGACGUGGAGGGGAGGCGGUCUGGACCAGAAGGAACAGUUUCAUGAAGCAGAUGAAAACGAAGGCGUGCUACUUAAUGAGAAACUAAAGCCAGUGGAUUACGAGUACCGAGAAGAGGUUCACUGGACCAAGUGUCAGAGUUCUUUGGGCAUUGGCUCUUUUGGGGAAGUAUACAAAAUAGAGGACAAACAGACGGGAUUUCAGUGUGCUGCCAAAAAGGUACAAGUUGAACACUUCCGUGCAGAGGAGUUAACGACAUGUGCUGCAAUAACAAGUCCUAAAGUUGUCCCCUUGUACGGAGCUGUGAAGGAAGGACCUUGGGUGACCAUCUUCAUGAAACUGAUGGAGGGUGGCUCACUAGGUCAGCUAAUUAAACAGAGCGGCUGCCUCCCAGAGGACCGGGCCCUCAGUUAUUUGGGCCAGGCAUUAGAGGGCUUGGAGUAUCUUCAUGCUCAGAACAUUCUCCAUGGAGAUGUAAAAGCUGAAAAUGUGCUCUUGUCUGAUGAUGGAAGCAGAGCUCUUCUGUGUGACUUUGGCCACUCUGCUCACCUUCAUCCGGACGGCCUGGGAAAGUGCUUGGUCACAGGGAACUAUGUGCCUGGCACAGAGACUCAUAUGGCUCCGGAGGUGGUCAUGGGAAAGCGUUGUGACUCCAAAGUGGACGUCUGGAGCAGUUGCUGUAUGAUGCUGCACAUGCUUAAUGGGUGCCACCCUUGGACCCAGUAUUACAAUCACCCUCUCUGCCUGAAGAUAGCUAAAGAGCCACCUCCUUUGAGGGAAAUUCCACCUUCCUGCAACCCUCUCACUGCUGAGAUUAUUAAAAUGGGUCUGGAGAAAGAGCCUGUUCAGAGGGCAUCUGCGUCUGAACUGAAAACUAAGACCAGUGCUGCACUUGAAGAAGUGGGAGGUGUGACUAGCCCCUGGAAAGGCGAAUACAGAGAGCCCAGACAUUUAUCUUUAAGCAAAGAAAACAACCCGCAGAUGUCCCUGUCCCCCACAGUGAGCCCAGUUUCUGAGACUGGUUCUGACCCCAAAUUGGGUGUCACUUGUGCGAGCCCAGUCCUACCACCCCCCCCAUCUCUGGAGCAAACGGAGGAGGUCGAGGGAACGCCCUGGAACUUGUGCAAGGAGACAUCUGAGACCUGGGAUCCUCCACCUCUCUCCUCAACUCCUCUCCCCCUGAAGAGCUGCAGCCAUGUGGAGAGAGCAACAACCAUUUCGGAACAAGAGCUGCAGCAGCUGGAAAUAGAACUGUUUUUGAACAGCCUUUCACAGCCUUACUCACUGGAAGAGCAAGAACAAAUGCUUUCAUGUCUCAGCAUCGACAGCCCGUUUGUGUCAGAUGCCAGUGAGAAGAACUCCAUGAAGGCUUCUCACAGCUUGAGGGACACCAUGAGCUCUGGGAUUCAUUCCUGGAACAGCCAGACUGAUGGACAGAGCUUCAGUUGGAACAACCUGCUGAACCGCAGUCGGCACACAGACACUCCCAGCUAUUUCAAUGGAGUAAGAAUCCAGAUCCAGUUGCUAAGUGGAGAAAAUUUACACAUCAGGGAUUUCCACAGGACAAAGGUGGGAGACAUUGCCACUGGAAUAAGCAGCCAGAUACCAGUCCCUGCUUUCAGUCUGGUUACCAAAGAAGGCCAACCAGUUCACUAUGACAUGGAGGUCCCUGACUCUGGUAUUGAGCUGCAGUGCACCCUCGCCCCUGACUGCAGCAUCAGCUGGACAUGGCGAGUCAAACACGGGCAACUGGAGAACAGGCCGUGA